AUGGUCACCUAUAUACUGCUGGUCACUGCUGACCAAUCAUCAGAUUAUCAGAAAUUUUGUGAGAUUGCAAAUAGCAUCCUCGAAUGUGAUGCUGCUGCUGAGCUGCUACAGCACAAUUCCCGGGUACCAUUUCUCUUCACUACUUUCUAUAAUUUGGAUAAUCCCGGUAAAACCAAUACUGUGAAAUAUUCGUCUUGGUGUUCUUGA